AUGCCUACUACUCCUCUCGGGGUUCUCCACACCACCGAUGUUGUGAUCAAAAACUACGACCAAAUUAUAAGAGGCCUACACUUUGCUGUCGUUGAGGACUCUUAUGAAUAUGGUUUCAUUCACUUGUGUCUCGAAGAUCUGGUAAUUAAAUUGUUUGGCGACGAGACCUGGAAAGAGAUUCUGAGUCGUAGUGAUGUUAAGCUGAGGGGCGCCUCGUUUUUAAUGCACAAAGUAUACGACGAUGAGGUCACCAUCAAACUGGUCACCACUACCAGUGAAGUCGUUGGUUUGGAUGUGGAGACAUGUUUGGAGGCAUUUGGCGGUCAUUUUCUCAAAUACUGUCAGAAGAACGGCUACGACAAAAUCUUGCGGGUUUUGGGCAGCAAUUUGUACGACUUUCUGACCAAUUUAGACAAUCUUCACGACCAUCUUAGCUCUAUAUACCCGGGUAUGCGGGCGCCGUCGUUUCGGGUCACCAACAUUGGUGACGGUUCAAUGCAUCUGCACUACUAUAGCGAUCGUAAAGGACUGAGCGCUAUCGUCAGAGGUCUGGUUGUUAUUGUUAGCAAAGAGUUUUUCGAUACCGAAGUCCUGGUCCGUACUCUUGAAGAGUGCGACGACGGACACGUCAUACUGGAAGUGGUCCUCAAAGAUAGCGAUAGCCAAGAGAACGGUCCGUCCAUUGUUAAGUUGACGCCUUACCAAACGGACCAACAGUUGAGUGCAACGCCCAGUGAUCUAUUGUUUAGCUCCCAUACCAUUUGCGAGGCCUUUCCGUUUCAUUUGAUGUUUCGGCGCGACUUUCGUAUCAUACAAAUCGGUAAUUCAUUGAAAAAGUUGACACAUUAUCUUUGGUCGGCCGACAACAAUAGGAAGGCACCGAAGUUUAGCGAUUUGUUUUUUAUUAGUCGCCCUCAUAUUGACUGUACAUUUGAGUCAAUACUAAACUAUUGUAAUCAAGUGUUUGUCGUGAAGAGCACCGACCUAUUUAUGGCCGCAAAGAACAAAAAUCUUAAGAAAUCAAUAGACAAAAAGCCAUCCGAAGAGGAACAAGGAUCGGAAACAUUGCAAUUGCGUCUCAAGGGACAGAUGGUACCGGUGCCCGAAUCCAAUGCCAUACUGUUUCUGUGUUCGCCGCGUGUGAACGGUUUGGAUGAAAUGAAACGCUUGGGUCUCUACAUGACUGACAUACCGGUUCACGACCGCACUCGUGAUCUAAUACUGAUGUCGCAUCAGAGGCGCGGGGAACGGGAAUUAGUGGAAAAGCUCGAUGAGGCCACCAAUCAUAUCCGUAUUUUGGACGCUAAAGUCAGAGAUGAGAACAAACGUACCGAAGAGAUACUACACAACAUAUUUCCGGCCAAAAUCGCCCGAUUGUUGUGUCAGAACAUCCGAGUGGAGUCCGAAAGCUUCGAACCGGUCAGCUGUUUGUUCUCUGAUAUCGUCGGCUUUACGGCAAUGUGUGGCCACAAGAGUGUCGAACCCAUGGAUGUGGUGCGACUGCUCAACAAAUUGUAUAUACAGUUUGACCACUUGACCACUGUCUAUGGCGUCUAUAAAGUGGAGACCAUUGGCGACGCCUAUGUAGUGGUCGGAGGACUGCCCGAAAUGGUUGUCGAUCACGCAGAUCGGGUCAUACAUAUGGGACUGGCUAUGAUCAAUGUUACUCAAACUGUGUCGUCACCCGUCGAUGGAAAGCCUAUUCAGUAUUUCUACGAAAUUACAGCUUAA